AUGCCUCACCGCAUCUACAGAAAAUCCUUUUCCUCAUUUGACAGGACAUUCCUGCUCCCUAGAAAUCGCUCCCUUUGGUGGAGCCCAGCGGUGUCCGAGAGCAGCAGCCGCAACCCCUUGGCUGCCCCCAGUCCUCUCCAGGGCUCGCUGGAGGCCUGCCUCUCCUCAGGGGUCCUGUAUCCCCCGGGGGUGGCGACUGACGACGCUCAGAAGUUCAAAGAGGCGGCAGGGCCCGCGGUCAGCAGCGCGCACGGGCCAACCAAGGUGCGCCUGCGCGAGAAGCGCCUCCGCGUGACUGACGGGGGAAUGCGCGGGCCAACAGGCUGGGCAUCAGAGCGCCGGGCGGGGGAAGUGAGCGCUGGCGUGGGGGAGGAGGCAGGAACCGCGAGGGCGCCUCAGGAGCACGGCGGUGGGGAAGGGGGCGGCUCGGGGCCCUGCGCGGCGUCCGGGGGAGGCGGCUUCGGGGGUUCAGUGGCGGCGGCGUCAGGCGGCAAAUCCAGUGGUGGGGGCUGUGGAGGCGGCGGUGGUUACCUGGCCUCCUCCUCUUCCUCCGUGGCGGCAGCGGCGGGGGCCGCGGUGUUACCGGUGAAGAAGCCGAAAAUGGAGCACGUCCAGGCUGACCACGAGCUUUUUCUCCAGGCCUUUGAGAAACCAACACAGAUCUAUAGGUUUCUUCGAACGCGAAAUCUUAUAGCGCGGUAACCAGUAUUUUUGCAUAGAACUCUUACUUACAUGUCUCAUCGAAACUCCAGAACAAACAUCAAAAGGAAAACAUUUAAAGUUGAUGAUAUGUUAUCAAAAGUAGAGAAAAUGAAAGGAGAGCAAAAAUCUCAUAGCUUGUCAACUCAUCUGCAGCUUACAUUUACUGGUUUCUUCCACAAAAAUGAUAAGCCAUCACAAAAUUCAGAAAAUGAACAAAAUUCUGUUACCCUGGAAGUCCUGCUUGUGAAAGUUUGCCACAAAAAAGGAAAGGAUGUACGUUGUCCAAUAAGACAAGUUCCUACAGGUAAAAAGCAGGUGCCUUUGAAUCCUGACCUCAAUCAAACAAAACCUGGAAAUUUCCCGUCCCUUGCAGUUUCCAGUAAUGAAUUUGAACCUAGUAACAGCCAUAUGGUGAAGUCUUACUCAUUGCUAUUUAGAGUGACUUGUCCAGGAAGAAGAGAGUUUAAUGGAAUGAUUAAUGGAGAAACCAAUGAAAAUAUUGAUGUCAAUGAAGAACUUGCAGCUAGAAGAAAACGAAAUCGUGAAGAUGGAAAAACAUUUGUUGCACAAAUGACAGUAUUUGAUAAAAACAGGCACUUACAGCUUUUAGAUGGGGAAUAUGAAGUAGCCAUGCAGGAAAUGGAAGAAUGUCCAAGAAGCAAGAAAAGAGCAACAUGGGAGACUAUUUAUGAUGGGAAGGUAUGGACUACUUAG